CGUCGUUAUCAGAUCGGUUAUAAUUUUGUAGUUCUGCCAAAUUCCAGCUAUGCAACAGCGGGCAACUUGACGUUCACACGACAGUGUCUGUACUAUGCGGUGUAUACAACAUACCAGCUGUAUGAAGUAUGGUGCAUCGUUUAUAAUAUUAGCACAUUAAAUUCCCGAAGAAAUCCUACUAAAAUCUGUAGUCAUCUUUAAAAUAUAUGAUCAACUUACAAAGUUUGAAAAGCAGCGUCAAUGGCACUUACCGCGGUGUUCAUCAUCUUUUCCGCGGUUUUCCUGAUACUAGACACCGGCAAGGUAGCGGCGCAUAAUCAGACAUGCAGUGCCUCUGCAUUAGACGCCUGCCUCACGGGAGCACCUGCGGCUGACAUUGGAAACCCCGCCGUGACGGCUAUACUGGAGCGAGCUAGGGGCCAUACGUUACCAUACCGUGAAUUCACCCAGCAGGACAUGAAUGCAGUUUGUCGCGUGGCGUCAUUUGCCGGUCCGUGUUUGGAAAACCAUAUUAAAACCUGCUUGUCACCCACCGGAAACGUUAACGGUUCCAACUUCCACCAGUUCUUGAGCGCAUCACGGAAGAUUUUAGCUGAGCUAUGCGCCCGCCCCAAUCUGCUUAACGACGAACAUCAGGGCUCCAAAUGUCUGCACGUAAUGGCUAGAUACGGGAACGAAUCCAGUUGUGAUGAUUAUGCAAAUGCAGAGAAUCCCCUCCAGUGCCACAAUGCGUCAGUAUGGGAUUUUCCACAACAUCAGGUGUACUUUCAGGAGAACGAUGUCCUCGGUCAUCUGUGCUGUUCGUUUAAUAAAGCACAGCAGUGCGCUGCGAAAGGCACUACGACAGAUGACAAAGCCAGCAUGUGUUCGGUGGAUGCGCGGAGGUUGGCUGGGGAGCUGCUUGGGAUAAUGGAGAAAGGGUACAUGUGUGCCGAUCGUGUCAAGUACUGCAGUAUCAUGUCUCAGCGAAUCAGGACCCCAAGCAAUAAUUGUCGGCUACCUGGUGAAUCGCACUAGCCAUAGAAGGUGGGGUCGUGCAAAGGAGAUAUUACAGUAUUUAGAUUUUUUCUUGUGAGAAACAUUGUCUCCAUUAUUGUCUCCUGUCUCCUGUGUGAGAAACACAUGGUCUCCUGUGUGAGAAACAAUGUCUCCUUUACUGUACAAAACUGCUGUGGCUCCUGACAUACUGUUGUGCUGAAACGAAUGAACGCCGCUGUUAUGUUUUCGUAUAGCAGUAAUAAAGCAGCCGCAGGUU